AAAUUCAAAAACAAGAAACCUCCUUUCCUCCCCCUCUCGAUUUCUUCUCUUUGUACCCAAAUCUCUGCUAUAAAUUCACACAGCAAGCGACUGAUCAAAGCAAAGGAGAAGAGCAAGAAGAAAAGGAAUGGAGGAAGAGCCUGUUACUUCGUCAGCUUCCUCUUCUUUCCUUCUCAAAGACAUCUCAAAUUUCAAAACCCCCAAACGCACUUCAAAGAAUUCGAAUUUCCACUCCCCGUGUCCUCGGUUCUUCACUGCUUCCAAGCAGACUCCGAGGUCGUCCUUGUCAUUUCGCCCCCGCUCUCGACCAUCCCUUUCCUCUUCCCGCUCUCGAACCGCCGCCUCCUCCGCCGCUGCUCGGAAGCUCAAAGCCUUCGAGCUCGAGCAAUGUCAUUCCGCUCGCAAGGAACAAGCCAGAAAAGAACAAUCUCUCAAGUCAUUAUCGAAGUCCCUUACCGUUUGGCUCAACUUCCUUUACCGAAAUCCUAAGUCUUGCGGCUGUGAUGUCUCUAUCAGCGGCGAUGAUAACAAUGUUGUUCGUGUGGACAGUGCCUGGAGAAGCCCGAAAAGGAUGAGAGAGUUGUGGUGGAGAGGGGAGGAAUCCGAGAACGUGGCUGCGGAUAUUUCUGGUUCAAUGUAUUUGGCUUUGAGGUCUUCGUUGAAGGAAGUUUGUAGUUUCGAUGAUUUGAAGCAGCGGAUGCGGAUUUAUUUGAGGUUGGGGAGUUGCAAGGAGAUUUUCAAUGUCAUGUCUCAAGUUGUCAAGAAUAUAGAUGAAGGGAGGUUAAAAAUGAAGUCACACUGUCCUAUAGUUACAGAUGUUGGAAUGAAGGAAAAGGCUUCUAAAAUUCUUAUGUCUUACAACCCAAUUUGGCUACGAAUUGGGUUGUACAUUGUUUUUGGUGGUGAGUCCUUAUUAUCAUCUGAGGAAGAUAAUAGUUCCGAGCAAGAUAUUUCGUUUUUGAAGAUGGUAAUUGACAAGCAAUUUUUCUUGCAUUCUGGACUUGCCAAAGCGUAUGCAUAUAACAAGAAGGUUGAAGGUUUGUAUAGACCGGGAUACUAUGAGAAUUUGGGAAAUGUUAUAUUGAAGAGAAUUUUGUUGCUUGUUCUUAUCCUCGAUCGAGCCAAAUCCCAGACCAGUCUUCCCCUCGAGUAUGGUAUUGAUGGAGUGGACGGGGGUUCUCCUCUUUUAUUCACAGUUUCAUCUGGUAUAAAAUCAAGUCGUCAAGUUCUUAACGAUUUCUUAUCUUCCGAUGUUAUGCAUGGGGAAGGUAACCUUCUCGCACAUCUAGUGAUUGUAGGGUAUAAAGUUUCUCAUCAGCAGUCUGCCCUUGUUGAGUUUGACUUCCAAGUAUCAGAUUUAUUUGUGGAUCUUCAAGAUGGGGUGCGUCUCUGUAGAGCUAUUCAACUUUUACAGCAUGAACCCUCUAUCCUCAUGAAAAUGAUAGUUCCUUCAGACACCCAUAAAAAGAAUUUGGCAAAUUGUGGUGUUGCCCUGCAAUAUUUAAGACAGGCUGGUGUCAUGCUAUGUGAUGAAGAUGGAAUGAAGAUUACCGGUGAUGAUGUUGCUGAUGGAGAUAAGGAACUCACUCUAUCCUUGCUCUGGAAUAUGUUUGUUCAUUUACAGCUGCCACUUCUGAUCGAUAAAACAAUCAUUGCUGAUGAAAUAUCCAAAAUACGUGGCUUUAAUAUGGAGAACUUGAAUGCGGUCAAUUCUACUCUUUUGGCAAUGCUUUUAAAUUGGAUCCAGGCAAUUUGUGAGAAGUAUGAUCUUAAGAUUGACAGCUUUUCUUCACUGGUUAAUGGAAAAGCCAUAUGGUGCUUGCUUGAUUAUUACUUCCGCAGAGAAGUCUCUUGUUCAUGUUCUAACAAGGAUUCUCAUGAAACAAGAGGUGAAGAAUCAAUAAUGUCUGCUACUGAUUACACAGAUGCAGUUCACAAUUUUGUAUUAUCACAGAAACUGACAGCAUUAUUGGGAAACUUUCCUGAGGUUCUGCAAAUAAGUGACUUACUUGAGCAUAACGGUGCAGUUAGUGAUCAAAGUGUGGUAGUUUUGCUGGUUUUCCUGUUGUCCCAGCUGAUUGUCAAGAAAAAUGUGGAUCAGUUGAAUUUCCAUAAACUAUUGGGUUGCAAUUGCCAAAACCUAGAGAGGAGGCAUUCAUUAACUCGACGGCAGUCAGCAAGUUCUGAAGCUGUUGUGCACAAGAAGGAAAUAGACAAAGAUACCACUGAAGAUGCUGCUAAAAAGUUUAAGGCCAUUCAGUCUUGGUGGCGAGAUAUGAGUGAACGAAACUACAAAAGUGUUGUAAGACCUGCUGGUUCUACUUCAUAUUGUCUCACAGCUCGGAAGUCAAGCAUUGACAUUCAAAGAGAAAAUGCUGCAAUAGUCAUACAGUCUCAUUUCAGGCGAUUGAUAGAGUGUCGCAAAUUUCUGAAGAUGAUGAAAGCAAUCUGUUUAAUGCAAACUGUUAUACGUGCAUGGUUGACAGUGAAGAAACAUUCAGAGCUCAGCAAAUUCAGUUUUUCCAGAGUUCAGGAAUUCCCAUCUGAAGAACUCAAGAGACUUGUCGAGUUUAUUGUUGAGAGACACAGUUUUGUCAAUUUAAGACGAUCAGUGUUGCUCAUACAGCAAGCUGCAAGGAUUUGGAUAGCUCAAAGACAUGAUGCGUCCUAUCCUGACCUAGUCAAGGCUGCCAUUGUCAUUCAGAAAUGUGUUCGUGGUUGGAUGGUAAGGUCACAACACAUUCUUGGACCUGCUCAUAUUGAGAGCGCUUCUCUUAUGUGCCGAGAGAUUGGUCUAAGCAAUAGUAUAAUAGAAGCAGCAACCAGGAUUCAGAUUGCAUGGAAGAAGUUUCUCUGCAGAUCUCUACACAAUCAAAAUAGUGCUGCAAUUAAAAUUCAGAGCAAUUACCGGGGUUGGCGGUUAAGAAGGAGUUUUAUGAAGCAGAAGCAGGCAAUAACAAAAAUUCAAAGUAAUUUUCGACGGCUGAAAUGCUGGAGGGCCUUUCAGAUUGCUUGGAAGGAUUUUGUCUAUAGAUCUCUUCAAAAUCAGACAUUCGCUGCAACCAAAAUUCAGAGUCAUUUCCGUGGUUGGCAGUUAAGAAGGAGUUUUAUGAAGCAAAAGCAAACAACAAUAAAAAUUCAAAGUAAUUUUCAACGGCUAAUAUGUUCGAGCGCUUUUCACCAAUAUAAAACUGCAGCGAGAUCAGCAAUCAUCAUUCAGCCUCAUAUGCGGGGAUGGAUGGCUCGGAGAAAAGUUCAGAGAUAUAGGUAUCUUAUUGUUGUGAUCCAAAGACAUUUCCGUGGUUGGCUAGUAAGGAAGGAGCUUAUGUUGCAAAGGUCUGCUGUAAUAAAGAUCCAAAGAGCAAUACGGUGCCUAAAAUGUCAGAAGGCAUUUCAUUUUCAGAAACAGGCUGCUAUCCAGAUUCAGCAGUUUAUCAGGGGGCAAAUUACUCGAAAUAGGCUUUUAGGAGCAUCUUCCUUACAUGCAGCUACUACUGGCAGUUGCAAAUUUAAGAUGGUUGAAGGCCUCUUCCAGAGUUUUGAAUUGACAUUAGUGAUUGCUUCAGUUCUGAAACUGCAAAGGUGGUGGAGAGAUGUUCUGUUAUUUAAAUUAAGAACAAAAUCAGCAAUCAUUAUUCAGAGUCAUGUACGGGGGUGGAUUGCUAGGCAAAAGGCUUAUAGAGAGAGGAAACAUAUUGUUGUAAUACAAUCAUAUUGGAAAGGUUAUCUUGCUCGCAAAGAAUCAAUAGGGCAGCUAAUGGAUUUGCGCUUGAGAAUGCUAAAGUCUGCUAUGAAUGUGGAUGAUAGCAGACGUAUUAUUAACAGGCUUUUGUCAGCACUUUCAGAACUACUGAGCAUGAAAAGCAUCAGUGGCAUUCUUCACAUUUGUGAGACUUUGGAUAUGGCUACAGCACAUUCUCUUAAAUGCUGUGAAGAACUUGUUGCUGCGGGUGCAAUUGGCAUUCUACUGAAGCAGAUUCGCUCAGUCAGUCGAAGCAUACCUGAUCAGGAGGUUCUAAAGCAUGCGCUCUCAACACUCAGAAACCUUACCCGCUAUCCACAUUUGACAGAAGUGCUGAUCGACACUCCUGGAUCCAUAGAGAUUAUCUUAUGGGAGUUGCACAGGAACAAGGAGGAAGGAUAUUUUAUUGCUUCCGAGAUCUUGAAGAAAAUAUGUUCAAAUCAGAAAGGUGUGAAAGCUGUACGGAAGUUUCCUGCUCUUUUGAAGAGACUACACAAUCUGGUUGAAGAACUGACAAGGAAAGCAAACAUGGAAAAAAGGAAUCCCCGUGGCACUGUUGCUAUAAGAGAGAACAUAGAAAGAAGAUUGAGAGAGGCUGUCGAGCUUCUUAAACUAAUAACAAAUGGUUAAAUCCAGCAACUGCCAAUCGGUUUUGCAAUGUGAAGAAGUCUUACACCAUGCUAGGGUUAGUUCUGUAUAUUUCCAUAUAGUGUCACUGAUAUGUGUUUGAUAAUGAUGAUUGAUGAGUCAGUUCUUUUAACUCUUGGUACAGUUUUGUAAAAUCUAAUGGUGCAUGAUCUGUGCACGGAUGUGUUGUGAAACUGAUACUGAUGUAACUUUUGUGAAAAUGUAUUUAUCAGAAUUGAGUCAUUAUCUUA